UGAAUUUUGGUUCGCGUAUUUAUCGCGAGGCCCUUUUUUUUAUAUAUACUUCGUAAACAAUAAUCACAAUAGUUAUUAUCACUCCGUAUGACCUCUUCUAUUUUUAUACUCUGCUGAACGCAUGAAACGUGGUCACAUCGCGAUGGAGCUAGAAAAUUAUAGCAACAUUCCAUCGUCCAAAGUUCGCCUUGUGGAACGAAAUGUUACACCUCAAGGAGUUACGCUGGUCAAUCCAUCGGCUAUUGCAAAAAAAGCACCAAAUGACUUAGUGAUGCUCGCUCUGGAGAUACAAAAGGCGGACAAUUUUGUCAAGGCAAAUGCCUGCAACAAGUUGCAAAUAAUCGCUGAGCAAAUGAAGUUUCUUCAAAAGCAAGCCGAGAAUGUUUUGUUGGAGGCGAAACAGCAUACAUACUUGCAUCAUGCAGCUUGCAAUUUUCGAAAGCAACCAGGACACAUUUACCACGUUUACCUGAGAGAAUCUGGGCAGACAUACUUCUCCAUGCUGAGUCCAGAGGAAUGGGGUGGAGAUGGUCCGCCACAUUCCUACAAAGGAUCCUACAGAUUGGAGCAUGAUCAGUCAUGGACACCGGUCUCAAAGAUGGACAGCAAGGAUGACGAGCUGCACAUGAUUCAUAAAAUUUUAGAUGCAAACCAGGCUUUUUCAAUAACUGAUGAUCCUAAUAGAAUGAACGUAGAUAAUUGAUUUUGGAGAAACGUGCCCCUCUAGCAAAAUUAACCUCAAGUAAGAAAUAUUAAAGGUAAUCUUUUUAUCCUGAUACUUUAACAGAGAAAAACUUUUAGUCUGGGAGUUUGUCUUUGAGAAUAUUCCAGUACCUGGCACAAGCAUAGACCUUUGCGCAAUUCGGUACAAUGACUACUUAAUUAUUUAUUACAAUUUAGAUUACCAAUGAAAUAUGCCGGUAAUAUAUUGACUUGUCUAUAAAUAUAUCAUGCACUCAUCGCCCAUAUGGCAUCAAUGCAGCAUCAAAUGAUGUUUUAACAAUGAUGUAUUUUCGUUUAAAGAAACAGUCAUUUUUGUACAGUAACAAGUGUUCCUUUCAUAUCAUUUUGCCUGGUGGCAAUCUAACAACGUUUGCAUAAUAACCUGCUCUAAAUAAUUAUUUGUUGAUUUUACACACCAAUGUACUGCGACGAGAACUGAAGUUUCUGUCCAAUACUCUUGUGCGUCAUUGAUCAACUAUACAGCACUGCAAUUGUCACACAUUGGUAUGAAUUUAAAGCUAGUAGUUUCUGAAAAUAUUUUCAUACGCAUUUACUUGGAAAAAAGUGAUGACUAUGUAAAAUGUACAUAAAAAUUUGAUGAAAGAUCAAUUCAUUCGUGGAACUACAAUUUGUAUUAUGUUAUCGCCUCAUAUGCCAGUGAACAAAGUUGGUUGUCUCU